CACACAUAUCGAUUCAACUCGGUCCGAGUCACGUGCACACACCAAAUCGUCUGCACACACAAGGUGUCCGUCAGCCAGACUCCCAUACACACAUAUACACUCACUGCUGCCCCUGAUCACCUUCAUCCUCGUCUGCCACCUCUUGCUCCUCAACAACCACCCCGUAGCAGUGCAGGGCCGUGCUGGCAGCCCACACCUCCCUCCCCACCCACACACAACACCCGUAUCGCACAUCGUCCCAGUCGCUCGCACGGCGCACAGCAGCUACCUCGUUUCUGAGCAAGUCCCACGCCAUCAUCCCACCACCGUCUGUGCACACAGCCACGCCCUUCUCCGCCCAAUUCGCCCGCAGCCGCAAGACAGGGACGCCACAGGUCUGCUGGCUGAUGAGGGGGGACCUGUGGUGUCGAAGGUCGACGUGGGAGAGGUGGCCCUCGAGUGUGGCGGAUAUGUAUGAGGGCGGCUGGUGGGUGGGUGAGGCGUCGAUCGACGUGUACGAUGGCGGGAUGGCCUGGCGUGUGGGGGAGAGGAGGGUCGUGGGGGUGGGCGACCGGAGGUCGUACAGGUGGACGCUGCCGUCAGACGAAGACGCCACAAACACCUGCAGGCACCAGCAGUGGAAGGAAAUGAGACGACUGUCCUUCCCUUUGAUUGAUGGUCAUUGUGUUCAUUAUGUCAUCUUACCUGCGCCGCACAGAAUGCCAUGUCCGUCGGGAUGGCCCUCGGCCCGCCAUACGGAUGCAGCAGCCUGGGAGAUCCGCCUGUUGCCAACUCAUACAAACCAACCUGACACCCAUGUGACGUGUCAGUCAACAGACAGAUCGAUUACAUACAUCUCCACACACAAGCAUUGCAUCCUCCUGGUUGUGCUGUGUCAGUCAUCUCACUCACCUGCGCCUGUCCCCCAACGACCGUCUCAGCUGAGAUGAACCUGUCGUCAUUGUCUGGCGGGAAGGACACACACGAGAUCAGCUCCAGCUGCUGCUGUUGUUGCUGAUACUGCCGUGGCGACCGCGACGUCGUCUCCUCAAAGCCGCUGUGGAUGACGGCAAAGGUCGAGCUACUGCUGUCGGUGUCGGUGUCGGCGUCAUGUUUGCGCGAGAGGAGCAGAUGGGCGGCGAUGCACGCCUCAGGGUCAACCACACCCACCACUAAAUGGUCGGAUGAACGAGCUGCACACACACAGACAGACAGACAGACAGACAGACACAGGCAGACAGAGAGGAAGGAUGUCAUUCGGCACGAGAGCUGUCUGGGUGUGAGAGGGCCUUUCGGUGACCUGCAUUUUGAGUGUCUGUGUGUCUGUGCAGGAAAGGUGCAGGCCAGAAGCUGAGCGCGUGUGUGUGAGAUGAGUUGACUUUGGGACAUCAGAUCUUACCAAGCAUCUGGAGGGAGGACGUGUGUGUGGGUCGCGCGGCUUCUGAUGGAAACCAAGUUGGGGUAGCCACCCUGGGAAAGUGCUUUGUAGAACACAUGGGGGUCUCUCCAAAAAGCAAUCAAAUCUCCCUUGAAAUGGCACAAAAAGUGUGCUAGAACGCAUCACAGCGUGUCCUGGUCGUGGAGAAUGGGCAGCAUCUUCCUGAAGACAGGCAGACACAAACAGAGAGAGAUCUCAGCUGGGAAGCCUUCUGGCUGCUUCUCGCUUCGUGUGAGGACUUUCUGUGUUUGCGCCUCUCUGGUGCCUUUGUGGC